UAAUGAUUAAAUUUCAAAAUCAGCCAGUCGAUUAUGGUGUUAAUGGAUAUCCUUAACCUAAAUAUCAAUAGAUGCCUCCUAAAUAACAAAAAUAAAUGCCUAAUUAAGGUUGCUUCCAAGAAACAUUUGGAUAACAAUAAUAUUAUGGUAGGUAAAUGAUACCAUAAUAACAAGACUCAAAAAACUAUCAAUAACCUCAAUAACAUUCAUAAUAAUAAGCACAAAAUUAUUAAAACUACCCUUAAAAAUAAUAAUAUCCUAAUAUGCAAUAAUAAUAAUAAUAUUAACAGACUUAAUAAUAAUAACCUUAAUAAAAGGUAGAUCCAAGAUAUUAGAAUGUUUAAUUCACAGCUAAAGAAUUUAAUCAAUUAUUUUAUAAACAAUAGUAACAGUAAUAAUAAUAACAAUAAUAACAAUAAUAACAUUAAUAAUAAUAAUAAUAAUAAUAAUAAACAAAUUAAAAUAAGGGAAUUGAAAAUUAAGAAGAAAACAAAUAUCCUUAAACUCAAAAAGCAGUAGGAAAUGAAAGAUAAAUUUCUACUUACUCAUAAAAUCAACAAUAAUUACUCUAAUAAAAAUAAGCCGCUGCUCCUGGAAGAAUGUAAUCUGCAGAUCCUGCUUUUGCUUAAAAUAGAAAUGCUGCUCCAUUAACUAAUAUUUAGUAAUAAAUAUAUUUAUAAUCUUUAAGAAAUUAAUAAGCAACUAAAACUAGUUAAUAUAUCAGUAAUGGUGGUAUGAAUAAAAUUUAAAAUGAUUACUCUUAGAGAUAGGCAACACCAAUGAAAGAUUAAAUGAAAUUCAUGAGUAUUAAAUUCUUAUAAUCUUAGAUUAAAAGCAAGUUCCAGAAUAAAUUAAUUAAUAAUUAAUGUAUUCUCCUAUGCCUAAAAGCUAAUUGCUAAAUGAAACCACAAACUUAGCUAAAUUAUAACAAUAAUAAUUGCAAUAAAAUAAAUCUCCUUAAAUUUAGAAAGUUGGAGGUUCAGGAAUGGGGCCAGCAAUUUCAUAACCUACAAAUGCCUAGUAAAUUGUUGAAGAAUUAGCCAAAGAAAAAGAAAGACACUAAUUAUUAACUGCCAAAUUAAAAAAAUUAGAAUAAGAAAAAAAAACCUAUAACACUUAAUUUCUAAAUGAAAUGGAAGGCAAAAUUAAAACAUUAAUUUAAUAAAAUGAUUAAUUACAAAAUUUGAACAUGGAGUAUUUAUUUUAUUUAUUCUUAGAUUAUUGUAAAAGGCUUAGGAUUAACCUUAAGGAGAAAUCCAAGAACUUAACAAGCAGAUUUCAUAUAAUAGUCAACAAUUAGAUUUCUUGCAAAAAUAAAUAAAUGAGGCUUAAAAACAAUUGUCAGAAUAGAUGAAAAAAUACAAAGAAUUAGAAUAAUAAUAUUCGGAAAAAAAUUAAGCUGAAGAAUAGCAAAUUUAAUUUUUAGUUACUGAUUUGGAAGAGAAAGUUCAUGGAUUAAUAUCAGAAAAUGAAAGAUUAAAUUCAUUAAUAGCUUAAUAAGACAGUAAUCCAAAAAAAGAAUAAUUAUAAUAAUUGACAAAUGAGAAAAAUAAGCUUAUUUCUAUGGUAUUUUUUAUUAAUAUAUCAAGACUUAAUAAAGUUAAAAAGAAGUUCAUAAUUGGAAAACCAAAUAUGAAUAGUUAUAAUAGAAGCUUCAAUAAGCAGAUAAAUUCUAAGAACCUUAAGGAGAAUAGGUCGAAGCACUUGAAGAGAAGAUUAAAUCAUUAAUUGAAGAAAACGAUUACUUAAAUACAGUCGUUUAAUAAUAAAUUGAAAGAGAGAAUCAAAUAGCAUUAUUGGAAGAAGAGUAAACUAUUGUAAUAAUUGUAGAAUGCAAAAUUUAGUUGAAUAAAAUGAUAAUCUUGAAAUGUUACUUCAAAACAGCACUAAAAAAUAAUGAUAAAUAUACA